CUCCGAUCUUCAAAAUCCCUUUUCCCACCCACACCUCCCCUCUCCCACAAAACUCUUCCCACCUCGCAAAAAAAAAAGGGAUUCCUAUUCCUUCAUCCCCCAUCCCCCUCUCACCGACUCAUCACUUUUCAUCACUUGUUCUCUUGUCUUUCCUUUGAAGCAUCUUGGGAAAUACAAGGCUCUGAAUUAAUCGUCGUGCGUCUUCAGAAGAUUGCACCGUGCCUAAUAGACGAUCCCUCGAGAGACGAACUUUUGGAAGUCGCCCCCGACUUUCGGUUUUUCAUUUCUCUUUUCCCAUCCUUCGGCUUGCUUGUUUUUAUUCCCCCCUACAAAAACAAACGCGGACCGGUUUCCUUUACCUUCAACCUACUCUCUCCGCUGUUCUUACAGUCAUUUCGAGGGUAACCCAAUUUCCGACGUUCGAUCCAAGAUACCCUUCUGUCGAAAAAACGAAACAACCAAACCUCGUCGACCCGAUCAACUCAUCAUCAUGGCUGAUCAGCUCAACAUGUCUGGCCUGAACAUCCAGGAUCAGCAGAACCAACCCCGCUCCUACAUUCCUCCCCACAUGCGUAAGAUGAAUGGUGGUCCCCCUCCUCCGGCUCCGGCGGCGGCGGCGGCAAUGAACGGCGGCGGUGGUAUCAACAACAGCGCCUGGGCUGGUAGAGGCCAACAGAAUUUCGAUGCCCGCGCGCCCGCCGGUGGUGACUGGCCUGCCAUGGGCGGCCCCGGAGGUCCUGGAGGUCCUCCCGGCCCCCCUCCUGCUCAGCAGCAGUCCUUCGCUCCUCGUGGUGGCCGCGGUGGCUGGCAAGAGGGCGGUGGUCGCGGCGGAUACAGCGGCGGCGGCUACGGCGGCCACGCUGGUGGUGGAGGUGGACAGCAGGCCCGUGGCUCUGGCGAUGGCCAGUGGCGCGACGGCAAGCACAUUCCCGGCCCUGCCAACCCCCGCGUGGAGCGCGAGCUCUUCGGUACUGGCGUGGACGACUCGUCCAAGCAGCAGACCGGUAUCAACUUCGAGAAGUACGACGACAUUCCUGUUGAAGCUUCUGGACACGACGUCCCUGAGCCGGUCCUCACCUUCUCCAACCCCCCUCUCGACAACCAUCUCAUCGGCAACAUCGAGAUGGCUCGCUACAAGGUCCCUACCCCCGUCCAGAAGUACUCGAUUCCCAUCGUCAUGGGCGGUCGCGAUCUCAUGGCUUGUGCCCAGACUGGUUCCGGAAAGACUGGUGGUUUCCUCUUCCCCAUUCUCUCCCAGGCCUUCAUCAACGGUCCUUCCACCGUUCCGCCCAACGCCGCCGGCGGAUUUGGCCGUCAGCGCAAGGCUUACCCCACUUCGCUGAUUCUGGCUCCUACCCGUGAGCUGGUUUCUCAGAUCUACGAGGAGUCCCGCAAGUUUGCGUACCGCUCCUGGGUUCGCCCUUGCGUCGUCUACGGUGGUGCCGACAUUGGUUCUCAGCUCCGUCAGAUCGAGCGCGGCUGCGACUUACUCGUUGCUACCCCUGGACGUCUUGUCGACCUCAUAGAGCGCGGUCGUAUCUCCCUCCAGAACAUCAAGUACCUUGUGCUCGACGAGGCUGACCGCAUGCUUGACAUGGGUUUCGAGCCCCAGAUCCGCCGCAUUGUCGAGGGCGAGGAUAUGCCCAACGUCCAGAACCGCCAGACCCUUAUGUUCUCCGCCACAUUCCCCCGCGACAUCCAGAUGCUCGCUCGCGACUUCCUGAAGGACUACAUCUUCCUGUCUGUCGGUCGUGUUGGUUCCACUUCCGAGAACAUCACCCAGAAGGUCGAGUACGUCGAAGACGUCGACAAGCGCUCUGUCCUUUUGGACAUUCUCCACACCCACGGUGCUGGUCUCACUCUCAUUUUCGUCGAGACCAAGCGCAUGGCCGACUCUCUGUCCGACUUCCUUAUCAACCAGAACUUCCCCGCCACCUCGAUUCACGGUGAUCGCACUCAGCGUGAGCGUGAGCGUGCUCUGGAGUUCUUCCGCAACGGUCGUUGCCCCAUUUUGGUUGCUACUGCUGUUGCCGCCCGUGGUCUCGAUAUUCCCAACGUUACCCAUGUUGUCAAUUACGACCUGCCCACCGACAUUGACGACUACGUCCACCGUAUCGGUCGUACUGGUCGUGCCGGAAACACUGGCCACUCCACUGCUUUCUUCAACCGUGGCAACCGUGGUGUCGUUCGCGAACUUCUUGACCUUCUUAAGGAGGCUAACCAGGAGGUUCCCAGCUUCCUUGAGACCAUUGCCCGUGAGUCCUCCUUCGGCGGUGGUCGUGGCGGUCGUCCUCGUGGCGGUGGCCGUGGACAGGGCGCCAACCGUGACUUCCGCAAGUUUGGCGGCGGUGGCGGUGGUGGCGGCUUCGGAGGAGCCCCUGGCGGUGGCUUCAGCGGCGGCGGCGGUGCCGGCGGUGGCUACAGUGCUGGCGGCGGCGGUGGUGGUUUUGGUGGCCCCCCUCCUGCUGCUGGUGGCUUCGGCGGCGGCGCUGGCGGUUACGGUGGUGGUGGUGGCUACGGCGGCGGUAGCUACGGUAACCCCGGUGGCGGAAACUCGUCCUGGUGGUAAACAUUUUCCUACCAAGGCAUCUGGCGACUGCGACACAAUACGGGGUCUCGCAACGUUUCGCCAUGCAACUUCUCCGACAAGUUGUGAAUUUCCAAUCUCUCAUUUUUUCUUUUGGUUUGCGCGCAUGGGUCGACAUGGUACGCAUUCAUCGUCACGUUUUUUUCUGCAUUUCGACUUUUUCGACACGGCGACAUGAUCCUGAGAGCCGACGGUCGUGCCUCUCAGUUCU